AUUUGAGGGUGCAUGAGCGGGCACACUUUUUGGUCACACGUGUAGAAAAACAUAUUAUUGGUGAGGGAGGAACUAUUUGCGUGAAAAUGAAAACACCAAAAGCCAAAAAAUCAGAAAAAGCUGAGUUAAAACCGAUUAAAAAAGAGCUCGGCGUUGUGGAGGAUGGUAAGGUAACCAAGAAAACAAAAGUAAAGCCCAAAAAGAAGACACUUAAAGUGCCAAAAGGGGAAGUAAAGGGCGCUGUACAGGGCAAUCCCAAAAUAUUGACCGCGAAAGACUUGGCCAAGAUCGAAAAAAAGAAGGCCAAGAAGCAGGCACAGAAGCUGAAGAAGCAGCAGAAUAAACUGGACCCCAAGGAGGUCAAGAAGGAACCAGAAGCGCCGGUUAAAGUUGAAGGUAAUAGGAAUAAACUGGACCCCAAGGAGGUCAAGAAGGAACCAGAAGUGCCGGUUAAAGUUGAAGGUAAGGCCAUCAAAAAGGAAAAGCUAGAGGACAAACCAACGAUUGUCCCAAAGGCAAAAGCAAAAGGAAAAGUGACCAAGAAAGCCAAAGCCAAUAAUAAGAAUGAAGAAGGAGUUAAGCGGGAACGCAAUCCCGCAGACGAGGCGUCCACCGUUUUCGUAGGCAAUCUGCCCAUUAACACCAAACGCGUCCAGCUAGUGAAAUUGUUCCAGCCCUACGGGUUGGUUCAAUCCAUCCGGCUGCGCACCGCCGGUGGCAAGCAGCUUUUUAAGCACAAACAGCGCAAGGGAGCCGGCUCCCUAAACGCCUACGUGGUGCUCCAGAACCCCGAUAUUGCCAAGCAAGCGCUGGCUAUGAAUGGCACCGAGUUCAAGGAAAAUCACCUGCGAGUUACUCCCGCGGCCAAGGCGGAAGGUUUUGGCCAAGGAAAGGAUGAACAGCCCAAUGACAAGGAUGCCAAGCGAACCAUUUUCGUGGGCAGCCUAAAAUACUCGGCCAACGAGGAGCAGUUGCGCGAGAUCUUCUCCAGCUGCGGCGAGAUAGACUACAUACGCUGCCUGCAGGAUGGCGACAAGGGCUGCAAAGGGGUAGCAUACGUCUGUUUCCAAAAGCCCGAUGCUGUGGGAUUAGCGCUUGAACUGAAUCAGACGCUUCUGGACGAUAGGCCUAUUAACGUGGAGCGCUAUCAAGUCAAAAAACUGGGUGCCAAACAAGUACGCGACGCUGGUGCUGCCUCCGCUGCGUCUAAAACGUCGUCAAAGACCAAAGCUAAGAACCAGAACUCGGCAGGCGCAAAAAAACGGCUAGACAAGAAGAAGGGAAAGGAGAAUGGUACUACGAAAAAAGAAGGAGCAGCUACUGGUCAAAGGAAGAAGUCAGAGUACCGGGGGGUCAAGGUCGACGGCAUCAAGAAGGCCAAGAAGCCUAAAAAGAAGAGCAACGACCAACAAACAGCUCUUGCCAAAAAAAUAGCACCCAAACAAAAGAGUUAAAAUACAUUUAAACUAGGCAUAAGUUUUUGAAUAAGUUGCAAUACAAUCCAAUGAGAUUCAUUCGACUUUCUUUUACGAAGUUGACCACCGGAUCAGUUUUUGUACAGGACACUAGUUUGAUUAUGUUGACUAAGUAAUUGUUGAAAGACUAAUCAAAGGACAACUUAAAAAUAUAAUGCGAAAUUUU